AUGCGGCCGCAACGGGAAUACCAUAUUGUUGUUCUGGGUGCUGGAGGUGUUGGAAAGAGUUGUUUGACUGCGCAAUUCGUUCAAAAUGUUUGGAUUGAAAGCUAUGACCCGACCAUCGAGGACUCAUAUCGCAAGCAGAUUGAGGUAGAUGGCCGGCAAUGCAUUCUGGAAAUUCUUGAUACCGCAGGGACAGAACAAUUCACUGCCAUGAGAGAACUUUAUAUGAAGCAAGGUCAAGGCUUUUUACUGGUCUUCUCCAUCACUAGCAUGUCAUCACUGAAUGAGCUCUCCGAACUCCGCGAACAGAUAAUUCGGAUCAAAGACGACGAGAAAGUCCCCCUCGUGAUUGUCGGCAACAAAUCAGAUCUCGAAGACGACCGAGCCGUGCCCCGAGCGCGCGCUUUCGGCCUUUCCCAGAGCUGGGGCAACGCACCAUACUACGAAACCUCGGCCCGCCGCCGCGCGAACGUGAAUGAGGUAUUCGUUGACCUCUGUCGUCAAAUCAUCCGUAAGGACCUACAGGGCUCAGGCUCCAACAGUGAUUCAUCCCGAAAGCGCGAAAACGCAAAUCGCAACGACCGCAAGAGAGACAAUAGAUCACAGCGCCGACGUUCCCCGUGUGUCAUCCUGUAA